AUGACCGGGCAUGUGGGCAAACAAGUGGCGCCGGUGAAGUGUAAGGGAUGGUCUGUCGAGAAGCCAGCCUUGCAGUGGUCGACAGACGCGGUGAAGCUGUCGGAUGUGACGGUGCCAGCACCGGGCCCUACACAAAUUCGCGUUAAGGUGCACGCAGCCAGCAUCAACCCAAUCGACUGGAAACGGCUCAUGUUCUCCCCCUCUGGCUCUGGCCUUGGUGUUGCAGGCAGCGGUCUUGCAGGGUUCAAAGGGAUGCAUCGCAAGCCCCCGAACUACCCAUACCCGUAUGUGGUCGGUGUCGACGGCGCCGGCGAAGUCGAGAGUGUCGGCGAGAAGGUGACGGAGUUGAAGGUUAGUGAUCGGGUCAUGUUCCACUCGAGCCUGACGAAGACAUACGGCGGCUCCCUGUGCGAGUACGCCGUGAUGGAGGAGUCUGUAGCGGUUCCCAUCCCGACUGAUGGGGCAAAGUCGUUCUCGUAUGAGGAAGCCGCGGCCAUCCCAUGCGCCACGUGGGCAGUGUAUGUUGCCCUCUUCGACAAGCUGCGCAUCGAGCCGGGCCGCAGCAUCUUUGUCGAUGGCGCGUCUGGUGCCGUGGGCAGCUCCGCUGUGCAGCUGGCGCAUCAUAUGGGGCUCUACGUGUUUGCAUCCUGCUCGCCGAGCAACGUAGACUACGUGCGCAGCAUCGGCGCAGAUCAUGUGCUGAACUACCACGACGGCCUCGAUAUGAUAGAUCAGAUCCUGGAUGCGACAGAAGGGUAUGGGGUGGAUUACUACCUCGCCGUGACCAACACGCAGGAUGCGGAGAAUUUCACUGACACGCUUCGUUUUGGUGGUGCCGUCUGCCUGCUGUCUGGAGUGCUGAUUCCCCAGAGUGAUGUGCUGUUCCGUCGUCAGCUGUCAGUGCACUACGUCUUCCUGAACGGUCUGCAUGACCAUCCGUUGACGCGGCCACAGCUACGGUACAUCGGCGACCAAGUGGCGAAGCUCUACCUGAGCGGCGCCUUUCGUCUGGACAUGGAGGUCCUACCGUUUGCUGAAGCCGCCGAGGCGCUUGACCUCUCAGCGACCGGGAACGUGAACCACAAGAAGCUUGUUGUGCAGGUGGCGUCAUCUUGA